AUGGUCGCCGCCACCGUUUCUGCCAAUCCACUCAAACUCGACGUGCGAAGUCACUGGAAGUGUAUUGCUAUAUGUUUUGUCGCAACGCUGUCGACGUUUCAGUAUGGCCUCGAUUACGCUCUUGUGGGAGGGUUUCUCUCAAUGCCUGGGUUCCUUGAAGUGUUUGGAUACUACGAUGAAGAACUGAAAAAGUGGAAUAUCGAUUACACGGUCCAACAACUCAUCUCGUCACUCAUGACCGUCGGUACAUUCCUCUCUUCGCUGCUCGUGGGACCUUUCAGUGCCAAAUUUGGUCGACGGCACGGCCUCUGGGCCGCCGCAGUCUUGAACUACAUUGCGACCGCGAUACAACUGGGGACCACGAGCAAGGCCGCACUCUACGUGUCCAGAUUGAUCCUCGGUGUCUCUGUCGGUUGGUUUCUGACCUUUGCGCAACUCUACGUCCACGAAGCGGCACCUGCCCAUCUUCGAGGCAUUACUUUCGCCGUGUACCAAGUCAUGCUGUCGAUCGGAUCCAUUGUCGGUGCCUGUGUCGAUUACGGCACACAUACAAAGCUGAACAGACACGCAUACCAGAUCCCACUGGCCAUGUUCUUCAUUGCGCCGACAUUGCAGAGUGUGCUCUUGUUCUUCUUCGCUCCCGAAAGCCCUCGAUGGCUCUUCACUCAGCGCAAGGAGGAAGAGGCUGAAAGGUCGCUCCGACGCCUGCGCAAUUCCCACAUCGACGAGCUGGAGUUCAAGGCCGAGUUGAAUGAGAUCCGGCAAUCGACCAGGGCACAGUUGGAACAGAACAAGAAAGGUGCUUUCUUGGAGAUGUGGCGUGGGACAAACCUUCGUAGGACGUUGUUGAGUAUUGCCGUCGUAUGCUUCCAUUCGGCUAAUGGCUCUUCUUGGGUGAAUAUCUAUACGACGUACUUCCUUCAAAUUGCCGGUGUUGAGAAGCCUUUCUCUUAUUCCGUCCUCGUAACGUGUACGGGACUGAUCGGAGUGUUGGUGAGCUUCUUCUUCGUGAGACUGAUCGACCGGAGAACGGUGAUGCUUGUCGGCAUUACUGCAUGCGCUAUCUGUCAGCUUGUGCCAGCCAUCGUGUGGACAAAGAGUCCAGGCACUGAGGCGACCGGACGUGUUGUCGUGGCAUUUAUUGCGCUAUUUACCUUUUUCUACGUCGCUUACGCUCCAUAUGCAUGGCUCCUCGGUGGAGAAUAUGUGAAUAAUCAGCUUCGCGCUUUUACUUUUGGUCUGGCAACGGCCUUGAAUUUCCUGGGUAACUGGGCCGGAACAUUCAGCGCUCCUUAUUUUAUCAACCCUGCCAAAUUCGGCUGGGGCCCCAAGUAUGGGUAUAUCUGGUUUGCAUCGAACAUUGUCUGUGUUAUUUUUACGUGGUUCUUCUUACCAGAGACCAAGGAUCGGACGCUCGAAGAGAUUCACGAAAUGUUUGAAGCCAGACUACCCGCCAGGAAAUUCAAGGGCUACGUGUGUACGGGUGUCGAGAGCUACGCUGCCGAAGCCAUGGGCGAUGAUCUGGCGGAAAGAAAGGGGAUUCACGUUCACUCGACGCACGUGGAGAUGAGUGAUACUACGCCUGAUAAGAGGGUAUGA